AUGGGAGUAUAUGGUCUACACAAGACACCAGAGAAAAUUUACGCUAUAGUGAAGGCACCCUCACCAACCAAUGUUUCCCAGCUAAGAUCUUUCUUAAGUUUGGUGAAUUAUUAUGGUAAAUUCUUAUCUGACUUGGAAACUGUACUUAGACCCUUACACCAUUUGCUGCAGAAGGACAGUCAUUGGAAGUUGACAGAGGCUUGUGAGGAGUCAUUCAAAAAAAUGGAGGACUUGGUUCAUGAUGGACAUCUCGGAGUUGUCAAGAUGGAGAUGCUUGUCAGAAGUUUCUGUUGGCGGCAAGGAAUUGACAAGGACAUUGAAAAAGUGGCUAAGAGAUGUCAAGGAUGUCAACAGAAUCAGAAUGCACCUAAGGGAGCACCACUGAAUGCAUAA